AUGAUCCUCCAGUAGCGCUCAUUCCUGCAGUGUCUUUCUGUAUUGUUGGCCGUACAUCCAUAGUCGUCCACGUACGCUCUUAGUGACAUUAGCGGUGGUCGAACCGAGGAUACUUAGAGUAUUUCUUAGUUGGAGCUUUGGAGAUGGCUCGAUCCUUUCACCGAUCUAGUAUCUUUCUCAUUCUUAGCAUAAUCCUACUCGGCUCUGCGGUAUGUCACGCGCAACCAGAUACAGACUACCCAACUGGCGCGGAGGACAACACAUUGCCGGAGGACAUGGGCGUCCCUCCGGGCGAGGACGUCGAGCAAUACGCGGACCCGAAUGCGUUCAACGAAGGCGAGAUUCCUCCCACCGAUGCACUUCCAGGUGAAGACGCCGUUCCGGGGGGGGACGUCCAGACGCAAGAUCCGUUCCUCCCCCCGGAGGACGCCUACAUGGCUGACGUACCGGCACCGGAGGACAUUCCCGCUGACACGACUACAGCACCGGAGAAUUUCCCCACGGAUACGGCAACACCACCGGAAGACGCAAUUCCGGCCGACGGAACCAUUCCUGCGGACGGGGAACCCCAGCCGACAGAGAGCACUUCCGUCGCGUUCGAUCCCGCAGCGACGACCGACGCGAGCUUCUCUCCCGCGACGACAGACCCUAACUUCGACCCUGACGCCGCGACUCCCGUCGACGCGACUGUUCCGACGGACGCUGCUCCCGUGGCUGCUGACGACACGGUCACCGCGGGGAACGGCACGAUGUACGACUUCCAAGGCGCGUACGAGAAGAUGAAGGGCGGCGAUCUCUCCACGGAAGCCAUCAUUGGCAUCGUCGCUGGCGUUGCAGGGGGCAUGGUUCUCGUCAUGUGCUGUGCUUGCAUCUGCUGGAUUCGCCAACGCAACAUCUGGCGAGCCAAAUACGGAGACGGCAAUGCAGGAGCAAUUGAGAUGUAACAAUCAAGGCUGUAGCAGUGUAUGUGUAAAAGUUAGUGGCACUUGUAUAGGCAUUCAGGAUAAGAACUCGAUACUGGUUUAUUUAUCCUAGCCAUAUUUGGCAAUGUUGGAAACAUUGUUGGUUUGAGAGACUAGGUUUCAGAAACAGUAAGAUAGUUUGGAACCUGAUGCUGGCAGGGCAGGCUGCAAAACCAA